AUGGGAUUCGGUUGGUGGCACCUUGGUGGGCUUGGGGGUGGGGCUUGGCGGGGCCGCUCUCAGGGGCCGCUGACAGACCUGGACAGACCUCUGGCUCCAAACACAAGGGGGUUUUGUGGAGGAGAGGCCCGGACCACCUGCAGACUGAGACGGGGUUUACCUGUGGAGAAUGGAGGAAUGAGGGCCGUGGACAUGGGGGGGGGGGGGGGGGGGGGGGGGGGGGGGGGGGGGGGGGGGGGGGGGGGGGGGGGGGGGGGGGGGGGGGGGGGGUGGGGGGGGGGGGGGGGGGGGGGGGGGGGGGGGGGGGGGGGGGAAACGGAGUGUUUCUCCGAGAAGGCGGAGAUGGCGAGAAGGGGCGUGGCGUGA